AUCGAUAGUUUAUUGUCCACGAGAUUAACCAAUGAGAAUGAUGCAAGCAGAAGGCUAAAAUCAGAAUUUCUGGUGCAGUUUGAUGGGGUGACCUCCAAUCAAAGUGACCUGGUUAUCGUUAUAGGUGCGACUAACAAGCCACAAGAGUUAGAUGAUGCUGUUCUACGACGACUCGUAAAGAGAAUAUACAUACCUCUCCCGGAUCAAAGUGUUCGGAGACUUCUUUUCAAGAACAAACUUAAAGGCCAAGCAUUUUCCUUGCCAGAUGGUGAUUUGGACAGACUUGUCAGGGAAACUGAAGGUUAUUCUGGGAGUGAUUUGCAAGCUUUGUGCGAAGAAGCUGCAAUGAUGCCAAUCAGAGAAUUGGGUUCUAAAAUUCUUACAGUACAGGCUAACCAGGUGCGGCCAUUAAGAUACGAAGACUUGAAGAAAGCAAUGGAUGUUAUCCGACCCAGUUUACAGAAGAGCAGGUGGGAAGAGCUUGAACAGUGGAAUAUAGAAUUUGGUUCAAACUAGUGGAAUGGCGCAUGUAAAUAUAUUUUUAACUUUUGUGUAAAAUGACCCAAUAGAUAUAUGUAAUUUGCCAAUUUUAUCUGGUUU